AUGCAGUCUUUAAGUGCGAGCAUCCGAUUGGUCCAAAGGCAAAGAAUCGACAGCUCAAAAAUUGCUCAUUUCAGAUCAGUUGGAGCUUACCCAUUAAGCAGUGGUUCUGGGUUCAGCUCGUUGGCUUCGGAUGGCUCGGCCUCUGCCAAGAUAUUUGAGAGUUCAUUGGGGUUUGGGUCUUCCAAAGGUUCAUUAUUUCAGUCUCUCUCCAAGUUCCCUUAUCGAUCUUCGGCCUCAUUCACUACAAGGGGCUUUCAAACUGAGACAUCAACGUCCUCGAGUAAGUCCAUGUUAUUCAAGAGUCCUCGACCAGGCUUACUUCCACGGGAGACAGUUUCACCUCCUUUCCCCAGCAGGUGCAUUACAACAGGGGUAAAUCCUGUUGAAUCGGCUACUCAAGAUUCAACGAUGUCUGGAUCUGACGUAGCUCCCCGCAUCAAAUUCAAGAGGCUUGAUAAAACUGCCAAGCACAUAAUGCAGAUUCUAGACAAGGAAGCUCUAGAGGAAGUGAAGGUGCAGAGAGAAAUACCGGAAAUAAGGCCUGGUUAUAUUGUGCAACUCAGAGUGGAAGUACCCGACAAUAAGCGACGUGUUUCAAUCUUGAAAGGCACUGUGAUAGCAAGACGCAAUGCUGGUCUGAACACUACAAUUAGAAUCAGGAGGCUCGUGUCUGGGGUUGGGGUUGAAUCUCUCCUUCCACUGUAUUCCCCUAACAUAAAGGAGAUAAAGGUGCUGGACAAGAAGAGAGUGCGGAGGGCCAAGCUGUACUAUAUCAGGGACAAAAUGAAUGCACUUAAGAAGUAA